AUGCGCAGCUCCAAGCUGCUGGCUGCCCUGGACUCCAGGGCUGGCUCCAGACUUGCUCGUCCGAUCGGCGCACAGUGGUCUUUCACAGCUCGUUUCGACGCCGGUCAGAGCUUCCUAAAGUUGCGGAACUCGUCGACGCUCGCAUCGCCAAAGUUGCUACGCUCUGAUACGCUCGGCUUGCGCUCGGCAUCACAAGCAGCAUCCCUAUCCAACAACAGGUAUCAACACGAUGCGUCCUCUACGACGGUGCUAUCGCAGCUUCGGUUAUUUUCUUCAUCGCGAAACGUGAACGCUACGCAGCAGCAAUCGACACCCGAACCCGUUAAGACUGAGGAUCUCAAGAAGGAGGAUGAUCUCAAGAAGACGAGUGAUCCAACCAAAGAUGAGGAUGGCGAGCAGGGCUUUGAGAUCUCUGAAAGAGGUGCCCAAGCAGCUCAGAUAAAUCUAAGUGCGAAAUUGGGACGCGAUGCGAAAGAGCAAGGAAAGAAGCCCGCCUUCAGUGAAAUAUGGCGGCUUUUGAGAAUCGCUCGACCCGAGGCAAAAUCGCUCGCCCUUGCGUUUUUCUUCCUGCUCUUAUCCUCUGGUAUUACAAUGUCGGUUCCCUUCUCGAUUGGACGAAUCAUGGAUAUCGCGACCAAAGGAGAGAGCACAAAUGACCUCUUUGGUUUGAGUAUGCCAAUGUUCUAUGGUGCUCUUGCUGGAAUUCUCUGUCUUGGAGCUGCUGCCAACUACGGAAGAAUCAUCAUCCUGCGUAUUGUUGGCGAGCGAGUCGUUGCAAGACAGCGCUCAAAGCUAUUCCGUCGCACUUUUAUUCAGGAUGCAGAGUUCUUUGACGCCAACAGAGUGGGCGACUUGAUUUCCAGGCUUAGUUCUGAUACCCUGAUCGUGGGCAAGGCCAUCACCCAGAAUCUUUCUGAUGGUCUUCGAGCUGCUGUGAGUGGAACUGCUGGCUUUGCUGCAAUGACCUACGUCAGUUUCAAGCUAUCUAGCGUUUUGGCCAUCCUCCUACCUCCUAUUGGAAUAGCGGCUUUCUUCUAUGGCCGUGCCAUCCGCAACUUGAGCCGCAAAAUCCAGAAGAACCUGGGAACAUUAACUAAGAUUGCUGAGGAGCGACUCGGAAAUGUCAAAACAAGUCAGUCAUUUGCGGCAGAAGUGUCCGAGGUCCAACGGUAUAACAAGCAGGUCAGGACGAUCUUCGAUUUGGGCAAAAAGGAAUCGCUCAUUAGCGCAACCUUUUUCAGUACGACUGGUCUCAUGGGCAACAUGACUAUCCUUAUCCUCCUAUACGUUGGAGGUGGCUUGGUUCAGUCUGGUGGAAUCACCAUUGGAGAGCUAACCUCGUUUCUGAUGUAUACUGCCUACGCUGGAUCAAGUCUAUUUGGUCUCUCCAGCUUCUACUCUGAAUUAAUGAAGGGUGUUGGUGCCGCUAGCCGGCUGUUCGAGCUUCAGGACAGACAACCUAAAAUCUUACCUACCGUCGGUGAAAAGGUCGUGACUGCUCGAGGCCCCAUACGAUUCGAGAAUGUCGACUUCAGCUAUCCUACCAGACCUGCAGUCAACAUCUUCAAUAAUCUCAAUUUCGAAAUCCCGCAAGGAUCCAACGUGGCCAUCGUUGGACCUUCUGGCGGAGGUAAAUCGACAAUCGCCUCCCUCUUGCUACGCUUUUAUAACCCCAACAGCGGCCGCAUUCUCAUCAAUGGCAAAGACAUUUCUAAAAUGAAUGCCAAAUCAUUACGUCGGAAAAUCGGCGUUGUGUCCCAAGAGCCCGUGCUAUUCUCGGGUACCAUCGCUGAGAACAUUGCGUAUGGCUUACCAAAAGCCACAAGGACCGAAAUUGUGAUCGCGGCCAGAAAGGCCAAUUGCCAGUUUAUCAGCGAUUUCCCGUCUGGGCUUGACACACAUGUUGGUCCUCGUGGGGCGCAGUUGUCAGGAGGGCAAAAACAACGUAUCGCUAUUGCUAGGGCCCUGAUCAAAAACCCGGAUAUCCUCAUUCUUGACGAAGCCACCUCGGCCCUAGAUGCCGAGUCGGAGACGCUGGUGAACAGUGCACUCGCGUCACUUUUGCAGGGAAACAACACUACUAUCAGCAUUGCUCAUCGUCUUUCUACCAUCAAACGUUCCGACACCAUUGUUGUGUUGGGCAAUGACGGCAAAGUUGCAGAGAUUGGCUCCUACAAGGAUCUCAGCUCUCGACCAGACGGUGCAUUCACCAAGCUGAUGGAAUGGCAAAUGACCGGAGGCGAAACUGUACCUCAGCCUCUUAACAAGUCACCUUCCUUUGAAGAGCAAAUGGAAGAACUGGAGAGGAAGGAACGCGAGGUUGACACUGAGGCAACAGAGCAUGAAGAUGGGGGUCCUGGACAAAAAGUGACCAAAGAGAUCUAG